AUGUCCAACAAGCCCAUCUUUGUGGCUACCCACCCUAGAGCAUGCUCGACGGCAUUCGAGCGAGUCUUCAUGACUCAGCGCGACACUCUGCAAUGCGUCCACGAGCCCUUUGGCGAUGCCUUCUACUUCGGUCCCGAGAGACUUAGCGACAGAUACGAGAAAGACCAAAAGGCCCGCGCUGAGAGCGGCUUCGAGAGCUCGACAUACAAGACCAUCUUUGACGACAUCAUGAAGGAAAACGAAGAGGGCAAACGCAUCUUCAUCAAGGACAUUACCCACUAUCUGUCCCCUCCGGACGGCAAGCCUGCAUCCAUCGCACCCUCAUUGAUGAAGGUCAAGCGUGGUGUCGGUACCAACGGCGGCAAUCCCUUGACCGACAUCGCCCAUGGAUCCAAUGCUUCAGAUCCCAACGGUGCAGUAGAGAAUUCUCCUCCCUACCCCUACGCCACAGAGUCCGAGCCUGGAAACCCCACCGUGGUCCCUGCCGAUGUCCUGAGCAAGUUCCACUUCGCCUUCCUCAUCCGUCACCCCAAGCACAGCAUUCCCAGCUACUGGAGAUGCACCAUCCCCCCGCUCGACGCAAUCACUGGUUUCUACAACUUCAUGCCUUCCGAGGCUGGAUACGAUGAGCAGCGUCGCCUGUUCGACUACCUCCGUUCUUGUGGUCAGAUUGGCCCCAAGCUUGCAGGUCAGGACGGCGAGCAAAAGAGCGGAGCUGUAGACAUCUGUGUCAUUGACGCUGAUGAUCUUCUGGACAACCCCUCUGCCAUCCUUGAGCAGUUCUGCAAGAGCGUUGGCAUCGAGUACUCCCCCAGCAUGUUGAACUGGAACAACGAUGAAGACCACGCCUAUGCAAAGGAGGCAUUCGAGAAGUGGAGAGGCUUCCACGAGGACGCUAUCAACUCGACCGAGCUCAAGCCCAGAACUCACAAGAAAGCUGAGAAGAGCGAAGAGCAGCUUUUCGCCGAGUGGACCGAGAAGUACGGCGAGGAAGCUGCCAAGAUCAUUCAGCAGACCGUCGCAGACAAUGUCAAGGACUACGAGCACAUGAAGCAAUUCGCCAUCAAGGUAUAA